AAACGCUUUCGGUAUACUAUAUUGUGUUAUGUGCGUCGUUUGUGUAUAAAAACGCGCGACGCACUAGUGUUUGUGUGGCCACUUCUAUGAUGACAAAAGAUACAUAGAAACAGUCGUAGUCGCUGUGAAAAAAGAAAAAAAAUGUUUUCUCUCUCUCUCGUUCGCUCGUAUUUCAUAGCACAAAGUGAAUUCGAUUUGGAUUCACGUUAAAUUCUGGUUCGCAUUCAGUCACAGUCAUCGUUGAAUUAUCGUCGUGUAAGCAACAAGCUAUGUGUUUUUGCAUUCUGUAUCACAACACCGUGUGCAAAUCAUCACAAACAUCGAGUUAAGUGAAAAGAAAAUGGAAUAAAAGAAUUUGUAAUUGAGAGAAGCAAAAAAAAAACGAAGAAGAAGUGAGUGUAUCAGAAUUUGUCAAAGAGGCCAAAUGUGUGGGCCAAUAAGAACAUCAAACUCGAGAGCAAAAUAAACAAUUCGACGAUUCGCACACGCACAGUAGGCAAACCAAAUAGUUGAAUUAAAAUCAAUCGAAUUUGCAUCAAAUUGCAAUUGAUCUAGUGAAACGAAAGGAAAAAAAUGCAGACAAUGUGAAUAAGACGAAACGAAAUUAGACGCCAAACAUGCGAAAUUGUGAAAUGUUGUGCGAAUGUCGGUCGUGUUGUUUGUGUAUCACCAUUCAUCGAUUUAUCAAUGAAUGUUUGUGCGCACGAUGGAUUUUAAUUGAAAUUCGUGCGAGUGUCGAGAUUCUUCUUUCUUUUUCGACAUCUUGUUGAUUGUUUAGCCGUGUUUGUGUGUGUGUGUGUGUUUGUUUUUAUUUUAUCGUGCAAUGAUUCCGUGCUGAAAAGCCACUAGAGAAGAAAAUUAAAGACUGGCAAUUUUGUGAAACGGGGCGGCCAGACAAUAACGACGACGACCCAAAUAAUAACGCGAAAAAAAAACAAACAAACAAAAUAAAUUGCAUUUUGCGUGUACCGUGCAUUCCGUUGCUUCGAAAAUUCAAUAGAGAACAAGUGAUUUCUUUUUCUCGUGUGCAGCGGUCUACUGCCUGUCAAAUAAAGAAGACGACAACGCACUGCAGACGAACAUCAGAGAGGAAAGAAGCAAAAAUCGCAGCCGCAGCAGCGCACCGACAACAUCGAUAACAAAUCAUUCAUUAAGACAACCAAUUAGUGAGAAAAAGGGGGUAAUACAAACACGGAGAGCAAAAUGCAAACAUUCGGAAGCGGAAGUGUUCGGUCAGGUGUUUACGAUGGGAAAAUAGCUGGUCUAUAUGAUUUGGAGCAAACACUUGGUGUUGGACAUUUUGCCACUGUGAAAUUGGCCCGGCAUGUGUUCACUGGCGAAAAAGUUGCCGUUAAAGUCAUCGACAAAACCAAAUUGGACGAAGUCUCACGCGCACAUCUAUUCCAGGAAGUUCGAUGCAUGAAAUUAGUUCAACAUCCGCAUGUGGUGCGAUUAUACGAAGUCAUCGACACACAAACCAAAUUGUACUUGAUUUUAGAGCUAGGCGAUGGCGGUGAUCUCUACGACUAUAUUAUGAAGCACGAGGGUGGCUUAAGCGAACACUUAGCUAGAGAAUAUUUUCGACAAAUUGUCCGAGCCAUUUCAUAUUGUCAUAAAUUGCAUGUGGUGCACAGAGAUUUAAAGCCGGAAAAUGUGCUGUUCUUCGAAAAAUUAGGCAUUGUCAAAUUGACCGAUUUCGGUUUUAGUAAUAAAUUUUGCCCUGGCCAAAAACUUGAAACAUCUUGUGGCAGUCUGGCAUAUUCAGCACCCGAAAUUCUCUUGGGUGACUCAUACGAUGCACCAGCUGUCGACGUUUGGUCGCUGGGUGUAAUAUUGUAUAUGCUUGUGUGUGGCCAUCCACCGUUCCAAGAGGCAAACGAUUCGGAAACAUUGACAAUGAUUAUGGACUGCAAAUAUACGACACCCGCUCAUGUGUCAAAUGAGUGUCGUGAUUUAAUUGCUCGGAUGCUGUUGCGUGAACCAGAGAAGCGGGCGACACUCGCUGAAAUUGCCACCGAUAGAUGGUUAACACAAGAUGGAUCUGAGCAUGUACAUGUACCUGAAUAUUUACCGUUAGUUAGUAGGCAGCAAGUUAGCGAUGAUGAUCAUGCGCUUAUUAUUCAGAAAAUGAUCAAUGGGAAUAUUGCAACCAAAGAAGAAAUUUUAGAAGCUCUAGAUAAAAAUGAAUAUAAUCACAUAACAGCCACGUAUUUUCUGUUGGCUGAACGACGACUGAAAAUAACGCGACAGGAGACAGCACAAGCGGAGGGUUCAACUGCGCCAAACAAUGGGAAAGCAUCACCGAAAAAGCCAUCCGGUGAUGUGGUUGAUGCUGCAAUUGAUAUUCUGUCGAGCAAUUUGCUGGCACCGCCGUCAACUGGAUAUUAUAAUAGUUCAAGGACUGGAGUCGAUGGAGUAGUGACAACUACUGGACGUUCGCGAAAGUGCAGUAUUGUACAAGAGGAGGAUGACGAUGAAGACGAUGACGGUGAACGGGACGAUGGCUCGUUAAAUCGUCGGGGUUCAAAGUCUGAGGGCCGGAUAAACAUAACGGUUCAGGAUCGGUUGGCCGAAACGGAGCGACUAAAGAAAGAAUGUGCUGCAAAAAUGUUGGCAACAGACAUUGCGCCCACCCGAAGUGUGUUCGACGGCAUUUGCAAUGUGAAAGUAUUGACAGCGAGCGACAUGGAUCCGAAUCGAUUGGGUCGUCGGCAAUUUGGUCACAAGCCAAUUCCACGUCCAUUGGAAUUGCAAAACAAUGCAAACGAUGCGAUAUUUCGAACGAUAGUGGAACCACCAUCGCCGAACAUUAUCGCGGGCACACAAAAUGGUGAACAGGCCAAUUCAGAAGUGGCGACUUUUGCCACUGAAAAUACCAUAGCUGAGACGAAAUUUCUAACCGAUUCGUCGACGAUAACCAUUCCGAUAUCGUCGCAAACGCCCGCCGCCCUAGUCACUCCACCGAAAUACAAAACGAUGCCAUCGCCUGAACGAGUCAACACCAUUCUGCCGGGUGCAAUGUGUUUAAAUGAGAUUUUUGAAGAAGGCACUGACAUUGGUUCGUCCGACACAAGCGCAACGACCACACCUCGGCCCGUAGCCAAACAUGCCAAUUUCACAAACAAUCGAAGUGCAUCGCAAAGCGGUGCCCAUGCUCAUCGACGGUCAAAAUUUAACAAAUCCCGUACGGCAUCGUGUUCGUCCUCGGACGAUGAUGAUUCGGAAAAUCGAAAGAAACGCGCACACAAAAUUGUCGAUUCGACAAAGCCAAUUCAAACACAACGCCGUGACUCGAAUGAUGAUUCAAGUGAUUCACAGGAUCCCAGCAAUCCGACAUGUGGUGCAUCGGGAUCGGGAUCAACGUCAUUUGCAGUGCAAAUCAUUAGCGAUGGAUCGAAUGCCAGUGAGUCGACCAACGAUGAAACCGCACAAACCGGUGAAUCAAAUACGAAUGGCCGGCAACAAAAAAGUAUUCAAGGUUUCCGGCGUCAUCGGGCUGGCCGACGACGAACGGGCGAGACACGGCUGCGAGAAAGUCAAUCUUUGAAUCGAAUUACUGAGGUGCAAGAAAGUGAAAUGCCAAUUUCGAAUACGAUUCAAUAUCCAAACCGAUCGCCGGCCACACUUUCAACGAGUGCCAUUGAUCAAGCCGAUCCCCAAUCACCAACCACAUCAACACAUUCAACGGUCACACCAAUUGCAACGCACAAAACACCCAAAUUAGGAUUCGGUGCACGAUUGCUGCAAGGAUUCAAACGGUCUGAGUCAAAUUCAAAGUCCGACACCGUGACAAAAUCCAACGAACCAAAGAAUAAGCAUAACAAUAACAACAACAAUAAGAACAAUUGGAAUGGUAAUGGACAUCACAUAUCAUCGGCUGAAUCGAAUGAAACCUUAAAUUGGAUCAAACACUCAAAGCCACCGCUACGCGUCAAGGCACAUCAACGUCUUAAGAAUCUCAAGUGCUUAGUCGAUAUAUUCAGUUAAAAUAUUCGACCAAAAGUCUAUCUGUCACACUCAACACACAACACCACUUACAAUUUAUGGCAUAACCAAUUUGUUUAUUUCUUUUUCGAGCAAUUUAUCGGCCACACGACGACAACAACAACAACAACAACAUCACAAUCACAUCUCAUUGCUGAUCUGACUUGCAAAUGCCAAAAUAAAUAUAAAUUGAAUAUUCAUUGUAGCUUGUGCUGUGUCGCGCUUUUCGGUCAACCCCGGCACUGGGUAGAUUACAAUCGCUCGAAUACUUAACCAUAUUUACAUUUAGAAUAUAAACCCAAAAAAAAAAUGUUAUUUUCGUUCCGUGCAACCGCUUCUGACAUAUGACAAAAACAUUAAGCCGCGGCUAUUUUCGCUGGUUAGCAAUGUGUGUUUAUAUUCAGACUGUUUCAAUGGCGUUCGUAAACCACAUUGUCGAAAAUAGAGUUGAACGUAGCAUAUUGUAAUUCAUAACAAUUGUCCUCGGUGUGUAGUCCAAUAAAUAUUUGCAAACAUUGUAUUAAGACAAACCAAAACACACACAAACACAGACUCACUCACAUACAAACUCUCACACCGUAAUUUAUAUUUAGACAUUUAAUUUGUAAGUUUAGAGAGGAUUUUAUUGAGGUUUUUUCUUCUAGAAAUACUCAUUCAAAGUUUUUUGCAUUGUAGAACAAUCUCUCCCACUACGACAAUUUGUAUUUGUUGUCGAUCCCAUCCAAAUGUGCAAAAAAAAAACGAUACGAUGAUUUUUUUAUCCACAUUUUUUUCUACCCUACACCACCAAACUAAUAAAAAAUGAAACAAGCAACCGAUUUUUAA